GACCCUCUCCACUGUCCACUGUGUCCUCCACCACCGGGAUUACCGUUUCCUCUCCGUCUGAACUGAACAGAUCUGCUCUCUAAAUGAAGCUUGGUUCUUCUCCGUGAUUUCUUCGCCAUGAGCUGCCUGGAUGUGAUGUACCAAGUGUUUGGUCCUCAGCCUUAUUUCAGCUCCUACAGCCCCUAUCACCACCAGAAACUGGCCUUGUAUACCAAAAUGCAAGACCCCCAGGACAGCGGCAGCCGACUCGGCCCCCCGGCGAUCAAAGAGGAGGACAAGGAGCUGCCGCCGGGAGCCGAGUACCUGAGCUCCCGCUGUGUUCUCUUCACCUACUUCCAGGGAGACAUCAGCACCGUAGUGGACGAACACUUCAGUCGAGCCCUCAGCCACACAACUGUGUACCCUGCCUCAAGCAGCCACAAGGCCGUAAGAGAUGGAUCAUUCCCCAUGAGCCACAGAAGUUUCCCUCCGUCUUUCUGGAACAGUUCCUACCAGCCGUCAGUCUCCUCCACACUGGGCAGCGCUCUGUCAGCUCCCCACACAGAGCUCCCCUUCCCUGGGGACCCGUAUUCCUCCGCCUCCCUGCACAGCCACCUUCACCAACCGAGCCCCGAAUCCUGGCACCCGACCCAUCACCACCACCAUCACCACCACCAUCCUUACUCACUGGGGGGCGCUAUAGGCAGCCAGGGUUCUGCAUACUCACGUCCGGGAGUUCACGAGAUGUAUGGCACUGCAUUCGACCCGCGUUACAGCUCUCUCCUGGUGCCAUCAGUGAGGCCUCAUCAUCGACUGACAUCUGGCAGCUCGGUACCAGGACCCAGCGCCUCACCCUGUGACCUGGGAGGGAAGGGGGAGUCAGGGACGAGUUCGGGCUGGAGUGGCGCCUUCACUGGAGCUGGAGCAGAGAUUGGACUCAACAUGGACACAGGUCUGCAGGCACAGGAUAAGAGCAAGGAUUUGUAUUGGUUUUAGAGACUGCUGAGACUCUCCCCCCCUACCCCGCUUC